CGUCGGAGCAACGGUUACAAGGACGGAGUCGUCUGCAAAAGCUUUAAAAUCAUUAGUACCAUCAAUGAAAGGGUCAGAAGAUGAAUAUGGGUCAGAGACCGGUACCACAACCGAGCUACAAAGAAAAAUUAAAUACGAAGAAAAAUUAAAAGAUUUUGAAAGAAAAAGAAGCGAAACAGAAAUUCGACGACAAAAUGAAGAAUAUGGUGGAGAAUAUAGUGAAGAAUGUAAUGAAGAAGAAUAUGGAGACAAAGAAUGUUGUGAAGAGAAGGAAGAAAAAGAAAUAAUUGAAAAAGAUGAAAUGAAUUCUCAAAAAGUAUUAUAA